CUCACAUAUAGCGUGGACUAGCCUUGUACCUACACAUCCCACCAUCAGCAUCAUGAUCGGAAUCGUAGCUUUCUUCGCCGUUCUUAUUGGAGCUUGCCAAGGCGCCACCUUUGACAUUGCGCCUUACAACACGUCUGUGGAGAUCGGAGGAACCGCCACUAUAGCUUGUAUCGUCAGCAACCUCGGAUCCGACAGUGUGACGUGGAAAAAGGUGGUAUCUGGUUCAUCAACAACUACCAUUUCCCUGAACACCCAGAUUCUGGCCAGUGCUACCAAGUACUCUAUCGUCGGCACAUAUAACUUGACAAUAUCCAACGUGGUCACAGAUGACGUUGCACUGUACCAGUGUACUGUUGGCUCCGUCACAAACGAGGCCUACCUCAACACUGUCAUUCUGCCCACAAACGUGUCCGUCUAUUGGGAGAGUGCCCCACGAGCUGGAUCCUCUGUAAACCUUACAUGCAAAGCCACAUAUGGAAACCCACCUCCCUUCCUUCGCUGGUACAAGAAUGACGUGGACUUCACCCAAGAUGCUUAUUACUACACUGAAAACACACUCUCAAGUGGGUAUGGUGAUGCUAUGAGCACUGUGGCCAUCAGCCUGCUGUCGACUGAUGAGAACAAGCUGUACCGAUGUGAGGUUCACUAUGAAGGCUGGUACCGGGCCAUGGAGUACACACUACAAACUCAGCUCAGUGGAAGCAGUGCUCUACAGAGUUCGGGCAUCCUAGCAGCCAUGCUGUUAGCCGCCGGUGCUCUCCUAAGGAACAUGUAAUUCCUACGUAACGAAAGACAUUCUCCACUGAUGGCUUCUACGAAACAAUAGCCUGGCCACAUUUGACGAACAGGCACCUGUUCUGAUGUGACUGCCAUGGUGCAACGCUCCAGAUUUCCACUCAUGUCCAUCAAAAUAGUCCCCACCAACUGUGCUUCCAGUGUAUAGCAUGUAGCCUUUGUGUAUAUAGUGUAGUUGUUAAGUGUAGGUACAGGUAUAAACUCAUUCACCCCUUUAUAUCUAAACUGGACUUGCCCAGUCAUUGAUUUGGCAAGGUUCAAAUGUGACUGUAGGGGUGAAUGAGUUACCAGGUAAUAUAGAAAUAUAAGUCAAGAUUUUUUGAUUUUUUUUUAAACAGUAACAAUUGUAAGAUUGAUAUGCAUGUACAUAGUUAUAUGUUCUCAAGUUUACCAAACUGAGAUUAUGUUAUGAGUGGCACCUAGUCUUAUUGAUUUGUUUAGGGACUAUAGUACCAGAUAUACCCUGGUAUGUAACUGGUUUACCUGUAUGUAUGUACAAAUUACAUCUACCGAGGAACCACUAGUUAUACCUAGAACAAUACAUUCCUACAGUUAGAUUAUACCUCACCAAGGGUACGCAGUGAAAGACUGAUACCAAAGCUGAUUUAGAAUAUGGCUGUAAAACUUUUAUUUAUUGAUAACAUUAAACAUGUAUUAAGUUAGAUUACUAUACAGCCAGAAGAGGCACAGGACUAGACACUGAGAUAGAACAGUGAUGAGGGAUUACAAAUGGACAUUUUGUGGAAGAGCGUGUCUCACUGUGAUUUAUCCUCAGCAUUUUCGACUUUCGAUCUCCUUUGUCCACAUAUCAAGUGGUUUUGAGGUUGUCGGUGCAUUACAAUGCCUGUAGCACUCCUCAAAGGGAGAUAACCCUGUCUGGAGAGACAUCAAGUGACCCAUGGACCCAUGACUAGAUGACCAACAGUGAGAAUAAGUGAUGAACUGUGAUAGAAUUUUUAAAUGUGUGUGUAAAAAAAUUAUCUAUAAUAUAUCAAAUAUCCUAUUAUAUGGUAAUACAAUAAUAUAAAUUUUGUCUUGGAUUGAGUUCUGUGUAAAUAAAGUAUUCUUUUUUUAUA